UAGUCUGAAAGGAAGACAUGUCUGAUAAGAACAUAAGCAGUUUGGCCCCGGAGAGGAGUGUCUCAAUAACACACUAUUAAGUUGUGCAAUGCCUGACAGCCAGCCAAGGGCUGAAGGAUUCCCUUGUCUGUACUGAAAGCUACAGCAGCUGCUUGACAACAGGAAACAAUGUGUAGUGAAUGGAAACAGUGGGUGGUGCUGACUGAACAACUUCCCUUUACAUCACUGCCCAAAUAAGGAGCUUUAAAAAUAACCUUUUCUAUUACAGCCAGUCAGAACAUCCCCCUGAAGUCUCAGGGUUCCUACCUCUUACAAGACAGAGUCAUGAGAGAAAGAAGGCUGCAGUACAGGGGGCAUGGGAACAGAGUCUCUGCAGGAAAGAGAGGCUUGUCUGGUUUAGUGGGAAAGCUAUAUCCAGUUGACAAGUGACCACUGGGAGGAAGCUGAGGUGCUUAUUGCCAGACCAGACUGAAUUAAAUCCUGGACAAAUAAAGGAGACAUACCGUCAACAUUACAGAAGAUUAAACCCACUAAUUUGUUGGCAUGACGGCAUCACAGAGCGGCAGCUGUGACAAAACUGAAACACACUUGUAAAUGUGGGAUAUAUUUUUUGGCGGCCUUUGAACACAAAAGUGAGGAGCACGAAGACCAGAAGAACACACACCAUUCAGUGUUAUUUUCCUUGCAAAGGCAAAAAGAUGAUUAUGAGAUGAGCACUAAAGUCUCAAGUUUUCAAAGGUUUGCAUAACAAACAAGAGACACAUUGUGGGUUGCUUCUUGACUUUGAAGGCUUGCCACUGUCAACUGAAAUAAAAUGGCAAGGUUUAAAGCCUUAACCAAGUUCACAAGGAAAAUAUUUGGACUAAAAGUUUCGGAAAGUUUUCUCUCUUUGAAGUAGUUUGUCAUGUGUUACCAAUGUGAACUUUAUUGACCCUGAAACUUUUUUUUGAAUCAAAUAGCAACUAGUGACACUUUAGUAAAAUCUUAAAUCAACAACCAUCUCUUGGUGGCUCCAGUUUUAUAGCAAAUGCAGGCAAAGCAGGGAAUCUACAGAGGAGACCUUUAUUAUUCGUAAAUGAAGCCUGCCAAAACCUUCCCAAAAUAGCAUUCAGAGACCCUUUUUAAGGUCAUGGAUCCUGAACAAAGCCAGAAGAGCACAAAAAAGGUGGAAGAAAGUCCAAGGAAGAGGCUUACCAAAGGAGAGGUUUUCCAAACCAGUAUUACAUCCGCAGCUACGUAUCAGGGCAGCUCUGCUUCUUCGCAAGGACCCCCUCUCUGUGACAUUGUAUCUCAGCAGCACUUUUCUGGUUCUUUGCCGAUUCCAAGAGAGGAAUCUCAGGAGAAGAUUGGACAUCAGAAACAACCCAAGCCUUCCUCUUUUGAACAUCCUUCCCACGUUUCACAGCUUCAGCAGCAUCCGCUGUCACCAGCAUUUAUGUCUCCUGGAAAACCAGAGCAUGCCCUUGAAGGGCCCACAUGGCAGCUAGUAGAUUCAGCAAGACCUGGUCCCUCCAGCUCUUUUUCAUCAACUGGACUUCAUUCUCAUCAUAGUCAGCUCAUACCUUCCCAUUCACCAAUCAUUCCUGGAGAGGACAUGCCGUCCGUUCAGAAAGUCUUUAUUCCUCGUCCUCCCCAAGUUUCCUUAAAACAAACUGAAGAAGUGCACAAGAAGGAAAAGAAACCUCAGAAGCCAGGCAAAUACAUUUGCCAGUACUGCAGCAGACCUUGUGCAAAACCAAGUGUGCUCCAGAAACAUAUCAGGUCACACACGGGUGAGCGCCCAUACCCUUGCAUUCCAUGUGGCUUUUCUUUUAAGACUAAGAGUAAUUUGUAUAAACAUAGGAAGUCUCAUGCUCAUAGAAUAAAAGCUGGGCUGGCCUCGGGAAUGGGAGGAGAGAUGUAUCCUUCCAGCUUGGAAAUGGAAAGGAUUGGUGGGGAGGAAUUUGAAGAGCCUACUGAAGGAGAAAGUACAGAUUCAGAAGAUGAGACGGGUACAAUGUCAGGUCAUUCAGUAGAGCUAUCUCCCAGGCAAAAGCACACUCUGUUAUCUAGUAGUUUGUACAGUGCAGGAAGUCAGGGUUCGAGCCAUGACCGGUGUUCAUUAUCCCAUUCCAGUAUGUCUCAGUCUCUUGAAGACAGCACCCAGUUUGUGGAGCCAUCAUCAGACCAUGCUUUGAGCCAUAAAUCUGAAGACACACAUACAAUAAAACAGAAGCUUGCACUCCGAUUAAGUGAAAGGAAGAAGGUGAUAGAUGAGCAGGCUUUUCUUAGCCCUGGGAGCAAAGGAAGUACAGAGUCAGGCUACUUCUCACGAUCAGAAAGUGCAGAACAGCAAAUCAGCCCACCAAAUACAAAUGCAAAAUCUUAUGCAGAAAUUAUUUUCGGGAAAUGUGGGAGAAUUGGGCAAAGGACUGCAAUGUUAUCUGCAACUACGACCCCGGGGUUUCCACACCUGUCUACUGAAGAUAAACCUAGCAUGGUACCGUUGUCUGUGCCUAGAACACAGGUUAUUGAACACAUCACUAAGCUAAUCACAAUUAAUGAAGCUGUUGUAGAUACCAGUGAAAUAGAUAGUGUUAAGCCUAGAAGAAGUUCAUUAUCUAGACGUAGCAGCAUUGAAUCUCCAAAGUCUAGUGUAUAUAGAGAACCAUUUCAAUUUGAUAUCAAGCCUGGUUCUGGUAGCCAGUUGGACGCAUCAAAAUCAUUAGCAUCCCAUGGUGAAAAAAUUAAGCCUGAACAAUCAUUGUUAUCACUUCAGCAAUCCCACAGUGCCACAGAGACAGUGCCUCUUCUAAGAAGCCACUCAAUGCCUUCUGCUGCAUGCACUAUAAGCUCCCCUCAUACUUUUAGAGGUAGUUACUCAUUUGAUGACCACAUCAUGGAGCCUGAUGUCGUAAGUCGCAGUCAAGUGUUUUCUUCACACCCUCGAAUGCUAAAACGACAGCCGGCUAUCGAGUUACCUCUGGGAGUGGAAUAUGGUUCAGAGGAAGUUAGCUCAAUAAGCAAAGAAACUGUUUCUAAACCUGCUGAGGAACAGGAAUCCAAGGAAAGCGAUGUUACCAAAAAGUCAAGGAAGGGACAGAAAGUGAAAGGGUUCAUGUAUGAAUGUAAUAUAUGUGGUGCUCGGUACAAGAAAAGAGAUAAUUAUGAAGCCCAUAAAAAAUAUUACUGUUCAGAACUUCAGAUCUCCAAGUCUCGUUCUUCUAGCUCUCAUACCUCUUCAGAAACUGAAAAAACUGCUGUGGAUCCUGAUUCCUGGCCACAAAUGAUGCAUUACAAGCUAGGGACCAGUUUGGAACUCACUCCACUCAGAAAAAGACGGAAAGAGAAGAGUCUUGGUGAUGAUGAGGACCCCCCAGCUUUUGAGGUUUCUGAAACUCCCUCCUCCAGCAGUGGAUCAUUAAGUCAGUUUGCAAGUCGAGCAUCAUCUGAUGUUGCUUUGAACUUAACCCGUGAAUCUAUCAAGUCACCAGCAGAUCCAGGUAAAUCCAUACCACCUUCUGAGGUCAGCACAGGCUUUCACUCCAGGACUACAAAAGCAGCUUCUAGUACAGAAGGCAAAGAGAGAAGAACAACCUCAAAAGAAAUAUCUGUCAUCCAGCAUACCAGUUCCUUUGAGAAGUCAGACUCUGUAGAACAGCUGAGUGGCUUAGAAGAAGAAAAGCCUUUGUCACAGUACUCAUCUCAGUCAGCAGCACAACACAGCCGACCAUCUCAUUCCCUGCAGCCAAAGCUGGUACGCCAACCCAACAUCCAGGUCCCUGAAAUUCUGGUCACUGAAGAGCCUGAUAGACCAGAAAAUGAGCCUGAGCCUCCUCCUAAGGAGGUAGAAAAAACAGAAGAAUUUCAGUGGCCCCAGAGAAGUCAAACACUGUCCCAGCUUCCUGCAGAGAAACUUCCACCAAAAAAGAAAAGGCUUCGGCUGGCAGAAAUGGCUCAGUCUUCUGGAGAGUCCAGUUUUGAGUCAGUAUCUCUCACAAGAAGCCCAAGUCAGGAAAGCAGUAUAUCCCAUGGCUCCACCCAUUCCAUUUCAUUUGAUCGUGAAGAAUACAGUAAGUCAGAGAUGACCAGCCAGUCCUCUGAAUCCCAUAUGAAACCUCUAGGCAUAGGCUCUCACAUGUUGACGGUACCGACCCACCAUCAUCACUCCAGGGAGAUGCGAAGAUCUGCUUCCGAGCAGACCCCUAAUGUGUCCCACACUUCACAGAUGUCAGAGACACGCAGUAAAUCAUUUGACUAUGGGAGCUUGUCAUCCACUUCUGCCUCAGCACCUGGUCCUUCAGUCUCUUCAACUCCACUGGAGAGAAGGAAGUGUUUUCUGGUUAGGCAAGCGUCUCUCACCAGGCAUCCAGAGCAUGAACCAGACCCAGCCCCAAAAGGGCGGCAGGAGACAGAAGAACCGUUGCCUUCUUCCAGUAAAUCUCCUGCCACAAGUCUGCCCCAUCAACCUGCAUCUUCAUCCUCUUCAUCCUCACACGGUGGCUAUUCAACUGAUAAGAGUCAGCCAAAAGACAGCCCUCCGCCAGCAUACAGCCAGCCGUACACUGAAACUCUGCAGGUGCUCCAUCAUCCAGUACCACAGCUAGCACUGCAUGAAAAACAGUACAUGUCCCCUCCAGUCUCUCUCUUCCCCUACCAGCAUAUUCUGCCACAACCAGCGCAGUCUGCAGAACUCUUUGCCACUCAAACCAUGUCUGACAUCUUCUCUGCUCAAUUUACGAUGCCUCAGAUUCCUCCCUCUAUAUUUCAGACACCACCGCUCCCUCUCCAGCAAGCUCUUCUCCACCCAGGCCAGCUGCACAUUGCCCCUCCAUUGAUGGCACACCCAGCUGAGGUGCCAUUCAGGCAACACCCUUCAUUCCUCCCUGUGAAUUACCCCGGCUCCUCACCAAUCCCUUCUGCAUUCUUUCUGCCUCUCCAGUCUCAGUUUGCCCUCCAGUUGCCAGGGGAAGCCAGCAGCCAUUUGCCACAGCUCAAAUCCAGUUUAUUUCCACCAGCAGGGACCUCCAGCCUUUCCCCAUGCACACAGUUCAGCCCUGACACUGGAUUACAUCCUUUGACCUGCACGGCAAGCCCUUCGGUGUCCGCCUCCACGUCCCAGCUUGUGGUCCCCACACGUGUCGAUCCUAUGGUAUCGCUCGUAGUCCCUGUUCGCAUUCAGACUAACAUGCCAUCGUAUGGGAGCGCAAUGUACACAACUCUCUCUCAGAUCCUCGUCACCCAGUCCCAGUGUAGUUCAUCUUCUAUUGUCCUUCCAAAAUUUGAUGAUCGCCAGCCCAAGAGCACUCUGGUCUGCAGUGCUGAUGUGCAUGGAAUAGGUCUUGAUUUGGCACAGAUGAUCACAGAGGAUCAGAGGAGUAUCUUCCAGAGUCCGUACUUGAGAGUGCCAUUACCAUUGCCAGAAAGGAAAGGCUAUAUGCCACUCACAUCACCAUCAGAAAGUGUUCUGGGCUUAGAAGGGGGCCCAUCAACAGUCAGUGGAAGCAAGCGGAUGUUGUCUCCAGCUGGUAGCUUGGAGCUUACAAUGGAAACACAACAGCAGAAAAGAGUGAAAGAGGAAGAAGUGUCUGAAGCAGAAGAAAAGCUAGAAGUGGUGAAACCACCAGGUACAAUAGAGGAAGGAAAAAAGCAGGACGCAUCUCACUUUCUGGCAGAGAGCCAAGGCAGAGUCGAGGUAGAAACCCCAUCUAAUUUAUCCUUGGAGCAGGCAGAGCCAAAGGAAAUCCCAAGUAAUUUGCAGCCAGCCUUGCCCCAUUCAGGUGCUUCAAGUUUUGAGGCACUGGAGGAGUAUAAGCAGCCAGGUGGCAAGCAGCUCCGCAGCAAGGCCCCUUUGCAGACAGUAAAGAAGGAGGAUUCCAAAGAGCUGGCAGAGCAUCUCCCACCAAACCCUCCAAGUCCUGCGCCUCAAUCAGAUGCAACUCAAAGUGCAAUGAAGUCUCAAGAAGGUACAGACAUGAAGAAGGUACUGCAGUUCCCCAGUCUCCACACAACCACUAAUGUCAGUUGGUGCUAUUUAAACUACAUAAAGCCAAAUCAUAUCCAGCAAGAUGACCGAAGGUCCUCAGUGUAUGCCAGCUGGUGUAUUAGCUUGUAUAAUCCCAAUCUACCAGGUAUAUCCACUAAAGCAGCCCUCUCACUCCUGAGGUCCAAGCAGAAGGUGAGCAAAGAAACCUACACCAUGGCUACAGCUCCACGUCCAGAGUCAGGCAGGCUCGUACCGUCCAGCUCCAGGAAGCCAAAAAUGACUGAGGUUCAUUUGCCUUCACUCCUUUCCAAUGAAGGUCGAAAAGAUGUAACAAGAGCUGAGAAGGAAGAGGAUAAAAGAGGAAAAUCAGAGGAAGAUGCUCCCAUAACCAAAAGAGGGGAGCCUGCCAGGAUCAAGAUCUUUGAAGGAGGGUACAAAUCAAACGAAGAGUAUGUGUAUGUGCGAGGCCGUGGAAGAGGGAAGUAUGUUUGUGAGGAAUGUGGAAUUCGCUGCAAGAAACCCAGCAUGCUGAAGAAACACAUUCGCACGCACACAGACGUCAGGCCAUAUGUCUGCAAGUACUGUAACUUUGCUUUUAAAACCAAAGGGAAUCUGACUAAACAUAUGAAGUCAAAAGCCCACAGCAAAAAAUGUCAGGAGAUGGGUGUGUUGGUAUCUUCACUGGUGGACCUGGAAGCUGAAGAAGGAACCAGUGAAGACCUAUUCCAUGAUUCUGAAGGGAGGGAAGGAUCUGAGCCAAUUGAGGAGCACCAGUUUUCAGAUUUGGAGGAAUCUGAUGAUGAUGAUGACAAUGAAGAUGAUGAAGAUGAGGAGGGAGAGGAGAGCCAAGAUGAGCCACCUUUAAAGUUGUCAGAAGUAAAACAUACCACCCUUCCAAUGCACUCUUCAGGGGGCUCUCCAUUUUCCCACGAGGAAAAUACUGGGACAGCAUUGUCUUUAACACAAGAUACUGUCUCCAGCAGCCAGCAAGUAGGUGGGGGCCACCAACCCUCUUCCUCAGGGCUGGAAACAGAAUGGUCAGCAGACAGCAGUGGAAUUGUUGUCUGCCACAGUUUCUUGAGUCUCCAUAAGCCAGCUUUGACCUCCAGUGAACAGCUGGCUUCUGCUGAAAGGGAAUCUGUCACAAGACAGCAGAUGUCCUUAGCUAUGGACCUGUCAACCUCAAAAGACACCUCCCCAAGAAAGAGGUGGUCUCCAGGCCAGGAAUCUGGUGGUGGUAGCAGCAGCAGCAGGCCAAUGCUAGCCAGAAAGCACUUGUUAACCAAAAAUGAAACUUCACCUAAACGUUUUUCACCCACUGGAGAAAUGUCUUCACUAAGGUGCUUGUCUCCAGGGAGAGCGAUGUCACCUUGUCAGCGCAUGUCCCCAAGGAGAGAGGCAUCUCCACUGAGAUGUGUGUCACCAAGACUUGAGCUGUCUCCAAGCAGGCAUCUUUCCCCAAGAAGAGAGUUAUCCCCAAGAACAUACCUCCCGCCAGAGAGAGAAGUCUCUCCUGUGAGGCAUUUGUCUCCAAGUAGAGACAUGUCAUCAGUCAGAUAUUUAUCACUGAAGAAAAUGUUGUCUCCAGGCCGUUCAGAUUCCCCGUCUAGGUAUCCAUCCCCAGGGAAAGAAGACUUGCCUGGUAGUAGCAAAUCUGCAGCAGAUGACAAGGUUCAAAGCUCAUUAAAAGUCCAGCAUGGAAUGUUAUCUUUGAUGCCUCUACCUCACAGGUUCUUUGGCAAAAACGUAGAGCUCUAUGAGUCCAAAUUGAAGAUAGAACCAAGAAGCCCAACAUGUUCACCUGGCAUCACCCAGCCUGUCUGCUCCAGACCUUUGCAAGCGCCCCAUGAUAUACAUGUCCACACUCCGAGCCGAGUGGAAGAGAAUGUCUUCAGCCAUCUCCCGUUGCAUUCACAGCAGCUAACAAGGACCCCAUAUCCUAUGAUUCCAAUUGGGGGCAUCCAGAUGGUCCAGGCAAGGCCAAGUACCCAUUCCAGUUUGGUGCCCAAUUCAGUUGUGUCACUGCAAGCAGGAUAUUUUGCACCUGGUGGCAAUGGAAGCAGCAGCUUCACAGAAUUCAGCCAGGUUCAAGAAAGGGGAAAGGAACCACAGAUCCCACAAGAAUCCUCACCGACAUCGGUAUCCCCAGCUGCAAAGAUUUCAAAAUACACACUGUCCCCAGAGGUUAAAAGCAGUGGCUACUCAGAAGAGAAAUUGAGGACUAGUGAGCUUCAGCAAAAGACAGAACAGGAGGAAUACAGGGUAAAAAUGUAUGCUGAGCCCAGCCACCCAGAGCAGGAAGGCUGCUCAGCUCCCACAGACAGUCUCAGCACAAAUUAUGAGCACUCUCCAAAGCCUUCAGCAAGUAGGGAAGAACCCUUGAAAAAAACGGGCAAGAAGCAAUGUGGCAGCUCAAGCACUUACUUUGAAUCAUCCUGCACUUUCAUCUCAGAUUUCCCCACACAGACGUUGGACAGAAGUAGCAGCACUGGCUGUUUGUCAGAGCCCUCGUUGAGCCAUUCACACUCCCACCAGUUCUCUGUCAGGAGAAGGAACCUCUCGGGAGAGCCAAGUCAUCAAGGGGGAACCCGUAGGAAAAACAGUCCACACUUAGAGCGCGCAGAUUUAGGUCAAAGACAGGUGGAUGAGAAUACAGGAAGUACUUAAGCCUCCAUCCAUCUGUUCCACCUGUAGGCUUCCUAUGUAAAAUCAACAGACAUUUUCAACACUAUUUCCUUUAGUAUAAUCAUUGCUUAUAAGAAGCACUCUAGUGUAUGACCAAACCCAUGGAAAAUUCCUGGUUUUGUUUGUCCCAGUCUGGUAUUAUCUCCACAUGUAUGCAGUUACUUGUGCCUUUUUCUAUACCUUUUGUUGCUUGAAAUGUACAAAAAUGUUUGAGGCUGUGAAUAUUUUUUUAGAGUUUUUUCGAAAGGGGUUUGUUAGACCUUGUCUUUUUUGCCAUUUAGGUGUGUGUGUGUUAAUAUGGGCCUGAGAGAUGCAGAAAGGAAAGUGUUAAGCAGUUUAAGGGGGAAGAAGAUGCACUGAAAACAAAAAUAAAAAAAUCUUUUUUAUAUUGAUUAAAUGAUUAAAAAAAA